AUGGGUGCUUUUUCUCUCAUCCUGGGAUCCAGCGUGGUGAUAGGGCCGAUUAUCGGUGGUGCCAUCACUCAAUCACAUCUUGGAUGGCACUGGCUAUUCUGGAUCAACAUCCCCAUAAUAGGUCUCGUACUACUAUUGGUUGUCGGAGUAACUUACACGGGCGGCCCUGACCUCAGAGGAGAAAAAUAUGGCUUGAAGUUUUGGGAGAAAUUGAGGCUGCUUGACUGGCUUGGCACAAGUUUACUUGCCUUGACCCUUGUACCUCUGAUCCUGGCCCUUGACUUUGGCCAGACAUAUGGGUGGAAAAACCCUCGAAGUGUAGUCAUGUUUGCUGUGUUUGGGGUCAUCAAAGAUCUUAAUCCACGUACCAGUGGAUUCCUCUCGUUCCCUCUCGCAGGCACGCUGGCCAUCAGCACUUUCGCCUUCUCCAUUAUAUCUACCAAAAUUCCCUAUUUUAACCCCCUCGCGAUCGGUGGAACCGUCAUAUUUUUGGUCUCAAAUGUCCUAUUUAUUACUAUGAAGUCCAAUUUUUCAGUUGCGGAGGUGGUUGGCUAUGAAAUAGUGGCUGGCUUUGGGGUGGGAAUGGCCUGGCUGGCAGAAAUUAUUUAUCCAAGAGCAGUUCUUGAUAAACACCAGCUGGCGACCUCGCUAGGAUAUUCUCGCAUGUUACAGCAGAUUGGGGCGGCCGUGGCUGUUCAAAUCUCAGCAGUUGCUUUCACCACUACCUUGACCCAUAGCCUCGCUGGCCUCUCGCUUACACCUGAUGAGAUUUCAUCCCUCAAAGGAGGCAGCGGAAUAAAUAGCCAAUUAUCUCCCGGCGCAAAAGCUGUAGUCGUUGAUGCCUACAGUAAGGCUAUAAGAAUAGGCCUAGCGCCUUCGUUGGCAUGGGCAGGCAGCGAACAGAAGGACCAAAGUGUUGGUGAUAAUGACAGUGGCAGUGGUGUUGGGGAUGUUGCACUGUCGGUCCUGGUGCCCUCUACAGAAACCAGCUCUGUGAAAAACGAUUACUCGGCGGUCAGUGCGCCUGAGAGAAAUUUACUCGUCAGCCGACUCAGUUUCGACUCUUUGCACAUGGUGGAUCGGUAUGAUGAGAACGGUCGCUGGACGGGCGUUGCUUGA